UUAGCCAAUCUAGUUUCUGACCGCGACAGAGCGAUGUUCAACGAUUCGUCGAAUUCGUCGUCAGUUUCAAUAAUGAGGCGAUUGGUAGUUGCAGAAUCGGUUGCGAUACUGCAGUCAGUAUCGAAUAUGGUGGAUCAAUUGCGCAGGAAUGAAAGUGAUACGAACUUAUUGCGGGUUUUCUCCGGACACGAUGUUACACUGCGUCCGUUGCUUUUCGCGUUGGGUAUCGCACAUCGUGAACCUCCGCCGUACACAUCGCGACUGGUUUUUGAGAAGGUUGAUUAUUUGCUUCAGAAUAAACUCCAGUCUGAGGCAUGUUAUCAGUUUGGAGAUUUUUUCAAAGAUUAUUGUUUCGAGUUUGUGAAGUUGGAUCGAGAAUUUUGUGAAACAUCGGUGACUAGAAUGGCUGGCCAUUUACAUUGGCGAUCAAGUAGUUGA